AUGUUGGGCUGUUCUUUGGCGGAAGGCAUGGGUGUUGAAGUUGUGGGAUUUGAGGCGGUCCAAGGACCAGUGGGGGCUAUGACUGAAGGAGGGCAUUCUGCCAACGAAAAUGGGACAUUGGAUCAAGGAAAUGAGCCCAUAAAAUUUGGAUCACAUGGUGAUGAAUCGGUUAAAAAGGAAGUGAACGAGGUUUCAGUUGCAAACUUCCCGAAGGAUGCAGUUGAUGAGUACCAGACGUAUGAUGAUCCAAAAAUAAAAGCCAAAGUUGACCAGGUUUCUAGAGAGGUGGAGACUAGGAAUAAUGCCCGAUCUCAGAUCAUUGACGCAUUAAGAGCAAAAAGGACCGAUAGAGGAGAGUUGGUUGAGCAGAUUAAGGCUCUGAGAGAUGACAACAGGCAGAUUAGAUCAAUUGUGGAUGAGAAGUUUAAGGAUUUACAGCCUCUGCAGCAGGCUCUCGGACAGCUGCGCAGCGCAGACCAUGCUAGUCGUAAUGGUGGUUUGUGUUCAUCUGAGGAAGAGCUCAACAGUCGUAUCCAGGGGUUGCAGUAUAUCAUACAACAUGAGAGCAUUGAAUUGAAGGAGGAAAAGAAAAUACUUAAAGAGAUCAGAACUCUUGAGAGCACAAGGGCACAAGUUAUUGCUAAUGCUGCCAUGAUAGCAAAGAUUGAGAAAGUGGCUCCCAAAGAGGCCCUUCAGGACCAAGUUAAACUUAUGGGUGGUGAUUUGGAUGGAGUGAAAAAGGAGCAACAAGCAGUUAGGUCCAAAAUUAAGCAACUCGAUGAUGCAGUGAAGGCCAUAGACAAGGAAAUUGCAUCAUUACAGGACGAGCUGAGUAUUGUGACUGAGAAGAGGGACAAAGCACGCGAUAGCAUUUUUCAACUUCGGAAACAGCGUGAUGAUGAUAAUGCCUGCUUUUACAAAAGCCGUAUGCUUUUGACCAAAGCGAGAAAUCUUGCUGUUACAAAAGAUAUUAAAGCACUUGAAGAACUUUCUCAUGCAGAGGUUGAGAAAUUUAUGGCCCUCUGGAACAGUAACAAGGAUUUUAGAGAUGAUUAUGAGAAAAGAAUUUUGCCAGCUCUGGAUAGGCGGCAAAUGAGUAGGGAUGGGCGUAUAAGAAACCCAGAUGAGAAGCCAUUGGUAGCUGUGGAAGCAUCUGGAGCCCCUGUAGUAGAGACAGCAUCAAAAGCUAAUUCAAAACAAGUUAGGGAAGAUACCAGAUCUGCUCCACUGGAUACUUUGCCCGUGCAGAAGGCUCAGAAAGAUGCCAAAAAUAAAGCAACGGGUCCAAAAUCUGUUGAAGAGCAUAUUGACGUAGCAGACGAUGAUAUAUCUGGGCUUGAAAAGCCGACAAAGGAGAGUACCCCAAAAGACAAUAAAGUUGAUGCAGAAAAGUUGAAGGAGUUGAAAAGACAAGAGGAAAUUGAAAAAAAUAAGCAGGCCUUGGAAAGGAAGAAGAAGAAAGCAGAGAAAGAUGCAGCUAAAGCAGCUAUUAGAGCUCAAAAGGAAGCUGAAAAGGCUGAAAAGAAGCUUAAGGAAAUUAUUUAUUUAUUUGAGCGUGAAAAGAAGGCAAAGAAGAAGGGUUCAUCUGCACCUGAGACCCAACCUGAGGAGCAGACAGAAGCAGUUGCUGAGGCUGCAGAACCAGAAAAGGUAACUGAAAAUGUUGAAGCUCCUGUCCUUGCAAAGGCUAAGGUGCAAAAGGAUAGCAAUCUGAGGAAUAGAGGUCGAUCAAGAGGUGCAGAGUCACUUCCAAAGGCCAUCCUGAAGCGGAAGAAGUCAAGUACUAACUAUUGGUUAUGGGCUGCUCCUGCUGCUUUGUUAGUUGUGUUGUUUCUUGCACUCGGUUACCAUUAUCUUCUUUGA